CUGCUGGCCGACGCCCGCUGCCGGCCGCUGGCCGCGCCGGCGCUCGCCUUCGUGGCGCUCUACUCGCUGCUGCCUCACAAGGAGCUGCGCUUCAUCAUCUACGUGGUGCCGCUCCUCAAUGUGGCGGCGGCACGCGCCUGCCACGGCAUCUGGGAGGGACGGCUCAAAUCCACAUGGAGAGCAUACCUGGCCACGGCCAUGUGUUGCCACCUGUUGGUCAACUGUGCGCUAACAGUUCUGCUGGCGGCCGUGGCGCGGCACAACUACCCAGGCGGCGCGGCUUUGGCUCGCCUGCACUAUCUAGAGCCGGAGCCGGCUUGCGUACAUCUGGACGUGUAUGCGGCGCAGACGGGCGUCACGCGCUUCCUGCAGCACCGUCACGACUGGAGGUACAACAAAACGGAGAACUUGACGCCUGGUUCUCCGGAAAUGCACUCUUUCACACAUCUUCUGAUCGAGGCCAAGAGCAAGCGGUCCACCAGCCUGAAGCCCUACCUAGACACGCACAUGAUUCUGGGUUCAGUGGACGUGUUCUCUCACAUCCAGUUCAACUAUGCCGUCUUUCCUCCGCUUCGGCUGCGGACGCGACCCGCCAUCUUUAUUCUUUACAAUAAGAAUCGAGAAAAUGUGCAGUGGGCGUCAGACGAAGGCGACGUCUAUGAAGAUAAGGCGGCCGAACCUCCUGCUGCUUCCAGGGAUCAUUCGACGACGACCAAGGAAAAUAUUGACGAUGAGUCAAAGGAAGAAGGUCUCGACACCACUGAAAAACGCUUCGCAUUUCCCGAUGAUGAUGAUGACCGUUUCGGAGGAGAGACACGUGUUCAAGGCGACUCCAGAGCCGAGCAAGAGGACGGUGAAGAGGACUCGUAUUUACCGCCGGGUGUGUUGCGCUAAAUAACCCCAUUGCACCAACUAAUGCUUUCCACUUUGCCUUAAUGAAUGGGGUAAAAUUCAACAAUGCAUGUUUGGGUGUCACAAUGCACGGGUGCGUACCUCUCAUUAAUCCCUCGAGCCGCUGGAAUCGCUUUCGAGCAUUGCCAAACCGCGAAGGGCGGCUUUUUUAUUUGUGACAGACUGCAUGGUCAAGAAAGCUUUUCCACCCACUAGGGCUUGUGAUAACCGACUAACACAACUUGGUUAUG